UGCCGGUGGCCGACCUGGCGGCCGCCGUGGCCGCCGCCGUCACGCUCGUCUGGAUCCUGAACCGGGAGUUCGAGAUCAGCUACCGACUGGGAUUCUGCGUGAACCUGAUGGCGGCGCGCGACAAGGCCGAGGUGCAGCGGCUGAAGCACCAGGCCGACUCGCUGCUGCACAACAUCAUUCCCGAGCACGUGGCCGAUGUGCUCAAGACCAAGGCGAAGUACUCGGAGAACCACCACGACGUGGCUGUCGUGUUCGCCAGCAUCAUCAACUUCAACGACCUGUACGACGAGACCUACCACGGCGGCAAGGAGUACCUGCGCGUGCUCAACGAGAUCAUCGGCGACAUGGACGACCUCCUCAAGAAGUACCCGAGCGUGGAGAAGAUCAAGACAAUCGGCAGCACGUACAUGGCCGUGUCUGGCCUGAAUCCCAGCCAGCGGCGCCACACUGACCCACCCGACAGACACCUGAUCGAGCUGAUGGAGUUCGCCGUUGACCUGCAGCAGACCGUGGACGCCUUCAACGUGUCGCUGUUCGAGUUCGCGAUGGAGCUGCGCAUCGGCUACAACAUUGGCGACGUCACCUCGGGCGUGAUCGGCACGACCAAGCUGUACUUCGACAUCUGGGGCGACACGACCACGCAGCGUUGCGCCCAGCUGCUGGCGCAUCGCUUCCAGUUCGAGCGGCGCGGUGAGGUGUACGUCAAGGGCAAGGACCUCGUGGUGACUUACUUCCUCAAGAGCGACGGGCCUGGCGGCGCCGUCAGCUAG